AUGGAUGUUGUCCAGAAAGCGCUCCUGUCUUGCACUGAGUCCCUGGUACUUGGCCAUGGGCACGGUUUCCAAAGCGAGGUCUCAGCUGCGGGUCCUCAGGACAUUCUGAUGGCCAGCCUGGGCCACUUGCUCCUGAAAGAUGUGAAGGAUUUGGGAUUAUUUCAAUCACUUAGGAUCUGCUCUUUGCCCGACAAUUUUAUUACAGCAAUAGAUGCUCUCGCAGAAUGUGUACUUUUGGUGAAAUUGGAUCUCAAUGGUAACCAGAUUGUCCAACUACCAGAUGCAUUGUUUUGGGCAAAGCUGGGACAGCUGCAGCUUCUUAAUCUCCAUGACAACCACAUGGAGACAAUACAGAACACCAAGGGAUUGGCUGGCUGCCCAAACCUCACUGGGCUGACCCUCUACGACACCCCAUUCAGUCUGAAGGGGGACUACAGAUGCACUGUGGUCUACAGCAUGUGGUCACUGAGGGCCUUGGACCGCCACGUGAUCUCAGACCAGGAGCUGGCCAGUCUCCACUUCCCCCCAAAGUUCAAAGCCUUCAGCCCAAACCUUUUAGUAAACCUUAGUAGUCCAUCAGCGCCACUGGACCGAUAUCAGGGCGAAAUUAAGUCAACUCACAAAAUCCUUUCGGAGAUUCACAGGAUUCAGGCGACAUAUUGCCCCAUUCUCAUCAUCCAACGUUGGAUUAGAGGUCACUUGACAAGAAAAAGGCUUGGACUAGUCAAAGCAGUACCUCGGCCUAAACAGAGGAAAAGCCCCCAUGCUACAUUGGAUUCCGCAGCUGAGCAAACCACUCAGCAUAGCUGGGGCAGUGAUUGUUUGGGAGAAGAGGAAAUGCAGGUCUGUACUAGACAACAAAGAAGAAAACCUAAAGAGGUUCCCAAGGUGUUGUCGUUUCCUAUGCACUGCUGCAAGGUCGCGUUGCUCAACGUCGUCCACCCUCCCAGAGACGUGCCCCCCGUCCGGCACCGGGAGAGCCAAGACCCCCGCCGCGCUGUUCAGAACGUCCACUCCCGGCGAGAGAACAAAUCCAGAACCUCCAUACAACACGUUGGCUUCUGCACGGGCGUACACAUGGACGCCAGUGAGAAAAGAUGGAUGUUCUGCCCUCAGGGAGUUCUCAACAAGGUUGAGAAAGAUUGUGGAAAACGACUGGAGACCAGAGCUGAGAUCAUGAAGCUUAAGACAGAGCAGGUGACCCGGUCCUUAGAGUGGAGGCAAGGCGCCAAAACCGCACGCCAAAGCUUCAUAGAGAGCAAACGGAUGGAGGCGGUGGGGAAGGGGAGGCGGGAACGGGCUCUGAUGGAGGCCGCCGUUCAGCAGAAGAGGGUCAGCCUGGACAGGGAGGUGGAGGACGCAAGGCUGAGGCACUUCGCCUUCCUUGAGGAGAAGAAGAGAGCGGCCUUAGAGCGGGAGAUGGAGAGGGAGUUCAGCUGGCGGCUUGCCUCGGUGUCCAAGAUCAUGGACAAAUACAGCGCCCAGCAGAAAGCACUCGCCCUCAGACAAGCAACGAGCAAGAGCGUAGUCAGGUCCAGGGUGAAACCAGGGUUCCCGAAACCUCAACAGAUACCUGUCCAGGUACUCCCAGAAGAUGCACCAUGAGAACCGUCAGUUUGGCAUGUGUGUGAGUGGA